UUAAAAUUAAUGAUAGUGUUGAGGUUGUAUAAUUCCACUAAAUAUGAACCUUAUCAUUCACUGGCUACAUACAGCAGCUGAUAGUCAUUCUGCUGGAAUUAAAGCAGUAAGUUUCUAAUAACAUCUGAUGGCAUAUUGCAUCAUUGGGGCCGGAGCUGGCGGUCUGGCCAGCGCAAGACACGCCUCGGCCAUAUCCAACGAAGUUGUAGUUUUCGAGCAAACCGAUCGCCUUGGUGGAACCUGGGUCUAUACAAAUGACGUGGGACACGACCGCAAUGGAUUGCCAAUUCACACGAGCAUGUACAAAGGCUUGCGAUCGAACAUCCCAAAGCAAACAAUGGGCUAUCUGGACUCUGCCAUUGAUUCCGAUGUUUCCUACGUGAAACAGGAAGAAGUGCUCAGAUGGCUGGAAGACUACGCGGAAAAGUUCCAUCUGAACAAACUGAUAAAGUUCGAGCAUCAUGUGAUAAGAGUUAAUCCGAUACAAGGAGGCAGCAAAUGGGAGGUGAUUGUUAAGAAGUUACUCAAAAACGAGUACGAGGAAUUUCAAUUUGAUUGUGUAAUGGUUUGCAACGGUCACUAUUCGUAUCCGAUGAUUCCUGAGUAUCCAGGCCGGGAUCAAUUCAAUGGCUUACAAAUUCAUAGCCACGAUUAUCGCAGCGCUGAGCGCUUUGCGGGUGAAGAUUUGCUCGUGAUAGGCGCCGGCUAUAGUGCACUCGACAUUGUGAUCGCUACGCUAAAUGUUGCCAAGAGCAUAACCAUAAGCUACCAUAAAGCAGAUAAUCUUCCACUAGAUUUCGCCCCAUCGGUUGUCAGAAAACCUAAUAUCUCCAGCUUAACCACGAAUGGUGCCAAAUUAGUAGACGGCACCGAUAUCAGCUGUUCCGUGAUUAUUUAUUGCACCGGCUAUGAGUACUCGUUUCCUUUCCUCUCGAUUGAUUGCGGAAUAUUUGUAGAACAACACCGAGUUCAACCACUCUACAAACAGCUCAUCAACAUCAACCACCCGUCGAUGGCCCUGAUUGGAGUACCGUUUCAUUGCUGCCCAACGCAGAUGAUGGAUUUACAGGCACGCUUCUGUGUGCAGUUUUUCAGCGGAGCGAAAAAGUUUCCUCCCAAGGAAGAUAUGCUACGCGAAAUGGAAGCGGACAUUGAAGAUCGCCGGCGUCGUGGCUUACCCAAGCAAUGGACGCACAAACUGGUAGGUGAUUUGCAGCCGAAAUACUACAAUGAUCUGGCGGCGACUGCUGGGGUCGAGCCGAUGAAACCGGUCGUAAUGAAAAUCUUCGAUCAGUGUAUGGCACGUCGGGCGGAAAGUCUGUUGCACUAUCGAAACGAUAAAUUUGAGGUUAUAGAUGAUGGAGAGUUUCGACUGCUGAAGGGCUUUCAAAGCUUGUGUUUAGAAUAAAUUGUAUAGUUCUAUUUUUUGUGGAGUAUCUGGCAGGAUAUCAAACUAAUAACCAGUCGGUGUUUUUAGAAUAUACUUAGUGGAAAUAUAAAUACCUAAAUAAGUGUCAAUUGCUAUAAUAUAGAAUGUUCCUGUAGGAAGAUAAAGGUUUAGAUUGUGUAGUCAGAAUCACUUUCUAAGGAUAAACUUUCUGCAGCUGCAAAUGAAUUUAUUGCUAGGGGACGUUAAAAGCAAUCAAUGUCGUUUCUGUGAGCAAAUUGUAGCGAUUACAUAUGAUGAUGUUGUAUCGGAUUAUAGAGAUAACAGUCAUUCAUCUUACAUUCAGCUUAUACACUGUUUGGUUGAAGCCAAAUAUUUGGCUCUUUUAGACAGAUAAAAUUUGAUCAAAGUGUACUGAUCAAAUAUGUUGGACACAAAACACGACAAGCAAAUAUUCAGUUAUUGGAUGCCCAAGAUAUUUUUUCGGACUGUUCGUCGAACCUGUCGGUACAUGGUUAGGACAGUGUACAGACAUCUUUAGGAACGCGUCGUCUAUUUGGAUAUUUGUAGAAAUUCGAUGAUUUCCAACCGCAACGUGAUCGUGCUGAUGGCUUGCAGGGCACGUAGUGAUGCACUGUUCAGGUGUCGAUCGAAUGACGAUGAAAGAGCAAAUAAAACAAAACACAAACAAUUGACGGCUGUCGCAAUGGCGUACAUAUCAAAACUUUUUUUUAACCAAUUUGUUUAUUUUUAGGCUCAUGAGCAUUUUAGCAUUUUAUCAUAUCUAUAAAUAGCACAUUACACAGUUGCCAUUUUUCGGCGUAAGAGUAUUCCUUCUAUACCAUUUGCGUAUGGUACAUUACACAGUAACCAUUUAGGCGUAAGCGUAUUCCUUCUGUUAUUCCAUUAUCCAGUUAGACCACCGGACAGCGGAGACAGUUGAUAUGAUCAUUGUUGUGUUAUUAAUAGAACAGCAGCCCGAUGUUUCUUGCAGAGCAGAGCAGUUGUAUGGAUGAAUCGAUCUUAUUUCGACCGUGGAUCGAUCUCCAUCGCUGAUGAUUGUUGCGUGGACGUAAUUAUUCUGUAACAACACAAAGAUGGUCAAUGAGGGCCCUGAGUUUUGAACUCACGAUCGAUAACCUACCAAGCGAACGCGCAACCAAUGUGGCUACGAAGACCCCAAUUAAAACUUUUAAAGUAAAAACUCGAAGUCCAAUAUUUUUAUAAAAAAACAGAUUGGUCAAGAGGUAGAACAGAUCAGAGCACAGAGGUCGUCAAGUUGGCGUGGGAAGCGAUAUAUGUAAGCAGUUUUUAAGAAAGUGGAGAGAUUUUUCCGACAGAAACUUGUUGACCACAAGCGUAUUGGAAUCGAUAUUCUUUCAAUAUACGGGGUAUUCUGCUAAUACCAGUAUUUUACUUGACAAAAAAGUCACAGGAGGGUUGUGUCCGAGACACGACCACAUAGUUGACGUAGGAUUCCGUUAGGCUUACUGUUUUUUUAUAUGUUUGAAGAAUUACAUUGUUAAACUCUUCGAUAAUAAUUUGGUGACCCGGAAAAAGGCCAUUUUGUCUGGCUGUUAGGUAUCGUUUGUUCACAAUCGAGUGAUGAUAAUAGAAGUCAUUGGGUGGUUUGUAUCACAAUAGAAGAUUCCAAAGUGGAAUGAGAUAUGAUGAAAGCCGCCCACCAGAAAAAAGGGUUACUUUAUUAUAGAGAAAAUAUAUUUAAAACGGAAAAGGUAAUUUCAUUUAUAAUUUUUACUUUCUGAAUGUUUAUUCAAUUCAUUUUCAUUUUCGCUUUAAACCCAACGGAACACGGAACAUUCAUUUUUCCAAUUUUUCUCGUC